AUGGCAGAUGAAAAUGAAGCCUACAAUCUGGCUCUACUUGACGAUAAUCUUGACGAUAGUGAUGACGACAUGAUCUCUGAGCCUCCAGUUAUUCCAGUAGAUGUAAGAUCACCACCACCAUCCAGAGGAGAGAGAAGACCACCACCUCCCAUACCACCACCACCUCCCAUACCGCCACCAAGGCGUCAUGAGCAUCCUGAUGGGGAGUGGAGGGGAUUGGGAGCUGACCGUGGAGGUCGUGGUCGGAGUGCAGCAGGGAGAGGACGUGGAGGUAGGGGGGCCAGAAGAGGUGGUGGCAGAGGUGACGGUGGGGGCCCUGGCAGAGGUGAUGGGCACGGGCCUGACCAUGACAGAGGUGGCUGUGGAGGGAGACCAGGGAGAGGAAGAGGCCGAGGAUCAGGAGAUAGGGGCAGGCCAGAAGGGGCCCUAUCAUUAGUUGGUAUUAGCUCCUAG